CCUUACCCUAGAUGAACGGUCUGAAAUCAAACACAAUUGAUCUAGCGUCGUAAUAUAUGUAGAAUGUGCAGCAUCGUUUAGGGUUUAGGAAAGAAACUGCUGUAAUUCGGAGUUGUAUUCUUCUAUCUCCAAUAUCGUUAACUGUUGAUACGUUCGAAACAACAUGGGUCUGUCAAACGAUUUCGAUCUGCUUAAUCCCCCAGCUGAGUUAGAGAAGAAGAUGCAUAAGUUGAAACGUCUGGUCCAGUCACCAAACUCUUUCUUCAUGGACGUGAAGUGCCAGGGUUGUUUCAACAUCACAACUGUAUUUAGCCACUCCCAAACCGUGGUGGUAUGUGGGAACUGUCAGACGGUGUUGUGUCAGCCGACCGGUGGUCGUGCCAGACUCACAGAAGGAUGCUCUUUCCGGCGGAAGGGUGAUUGAUCAUGGAAGCGGUUUUGCUUUAUUAUGGAUAAUCAGAAACUAUUUGGGUUACGAAAUCUUUAUGAUAGGUUUUUAUGUUAGAUUUGAGAUCACAAAACUUGCUAUAGCUUGAUUGAUAAACUUAUCUCUGUAAUUGGUGUUGAAGUUUUGGAAUUUUUUAUAUUAUCGUUUGUUUCUAUAAGAUAUCCUUG